AUGACUGUUACAAAUAUCACCUCGCUUGCGGAAUUCACCACUGCCAUCGAAGCAACUGCCGGUGGAAAAGAGCCGGCAGUGAUUUGCUUCACCUUGGAAAAUUCUGGGAAUCCCCAGAAUGACUCCUGUGAGGCUAUUUAUCCAUUGUUCGACGAGCUGUCGGGGCAAAAAACGUCCCUCAAGUUUUAA